AUGCAACAGAACCAGCCAGAACCUCACCCUAUUCCACAGGAUCAACCUUUGGCAUUUCUGCCUGAGCCACCAGCAGUGUUGCCUUAUAGAUCCAGAAGGAUGGAUCCCAAUUCAUUCCCUCCACCUGCAAGAGGCAGAAGAGGCGGAAGGGGUAAUAACCUUUUUGCCAACAAUGAAAGGAACAGGUUGGGGGCAAACUGGAGGAAUCAUCCAGAUCUGGAAGAACACAGGGAGGAAGUUCUACCCAGGCCAUACAGAGCGGAGCCCAGGAUUGAUCACGCCCAGGAACUGGGCGAAAUCACCACCCUGUCAAUGCUCUGA